CUCUUUGAUUAAUUACAUAGAUUAACAAGUAAAAAGAGCUUAUUAAUUGUUAAAAUGAUUGCUUACUAUAGUUACAUCUUCUUCCCAAAAAUAUCAAUUCCAGUUAUAAAUUAUUGCUUACUAUAAUUACAUUUAUUUUUCCAAAACUGUCACUGAUGCAUGCCAAUCAGUUUUAUUCCGCGUGCAGAGCUCAUACCUGUUUAUGGGAAGAAAUGGAAUAAUGUUUCAUUCUCCAAUCCCCACACAACAACCCAAUCCCUUCUAUUUAAUUAAUAUUAACAUUCAUUCUAAAAAUCCUAUAAUCCAUGGCCAAAUUGAAGUUUUUGGUGUCAAUCUUUGCUUUGCUAAUAUCACAGCCUAUUUCCGCAACUACCAUUUUUCCCGAUGACAUUUUUAUACUAGCAGGCCAAAGCAACAUGGCUGGCAGAGGAGGUGUCGACAGAGGCAUAUGGAACGGCAAUCUUCCGCCGGAAUGCAGUUCUAACCCGUCGAUACUCCGGUUAAGCGCAGAGCUGAAAUGGGAAGUGGCUCGAGAGCCACUUCAUGCAGAUAUCGAUGUGAGCAAGACCUGCGGAGUUGGGCCUGGCAUGGCGUUUGCGAACAGGGUUAAAGCCAGUGAUUCGAGCAUUGGCGUGGUGGGUUUGGUUCCUUGUGCUGUUGGUGGGACAAAAAUUGGCCAGUGGGCUCGAGGGAUGAGACUGUAUCAGGAAUUGGUGAGUCGAGCUAACGAGUCAGUGAAGAACGGUGGAAAAAUUAGAGCCGUUUUGUGGUAUCAGGGUGAGAGUGACACUGUGUGGAAAAAAGAUGCCGAGGCUUACAAAGGAAAAUUUGAGAGGCUUGUUGCUGACUUACGCUCCGAUCUUAACCGUCCAUUUCUUCCAGUAAUUCAGGUGGCUAUUGCUUCAGGAGAAGGCAAAUACAUAGAGAUAGUGAGAAGAGGUCAAUUAGCAACAAAGGUCCCUAAAGUAAAGUGCAUAGAUGCAAAAGGAUUGGCUCUUAAAACCGAUCACCUUCACCUCACCACCAUGUCUCAGGUUCAUCUUGGUCACAAAUUCGCUCAUGCCUAUGUUGCUUCUUUUCGCUACAACAUUUUUUCGCCUAAUAUUAUGUAAUACUCUCUUUAUUCUUGGUUCGAUUUUAAAUUUCGAGCGGCCAAUCUUCUGUUGUCUUAUUAGUUUGUAGGUUUGGUAAUGGCGGAUUUAUAAACUUUUUAUAAGAUGAAUAAAAAUAUAAAAUAAA